ACAAAAUCCACAAAAACCCUCUCUCUAUCAUUCUCUGUCACCCGCAGCACCGUCCUUUUAUCCAUCCGUCCAUCCAUCCAUUUCUCUUCCCUUCUCCUCAAUCAACUCAUCGGCGAAUCGCCAUCGUAUCCCCCUCCGAAUUCCGAUCGGAGCCCCAACCGAAUCCGGCCUGUCGAUUGCUCCGCCAUUAAUUAGCGCCUUCGAGUGAACUGUACAGAUCUUGCGCCGGAGUCCUUAGGUAUUCCGCCGGUUGGUGCUUCGAGUGCCUUCUCUCAUCGAUCCUCUCCUCGAUUUGCGUUGUUACCGUGGAGCUCCAGCUUGGAGUGGCUUCAGAGUGUAGAUAAUAAUGAUGGAUGGCUUCGGUGGCGGUGGAAGCGGUAGUGAUCACCUCACUCCCAGCGGCCAGGAUCACAAGCAAUUCGGCGGUGGCUCCGGAGCAGGAGAUGCCGUAUUUGAUGCAUCCCAGUAUGAAUUCUUUGGUAACGAUGUCGUUGAAGAAGUUGAGCUGGGGGGACUGGAAGAAGAUGAGGAUAACAUCCUGGCUGCUGGUUUGGAUGACGAGGAGUUUUUGCAUAACAAAGAAGAGGGCGAGGUUUUGAGGUCCCUUUCUGACAUUGAUGACCUUGCUAGUACAUUUUCAAAGUUGAACAAGGUGGUGAGUGGGCCAAGAGGUGCAGGGAUUAUUGGUGACAGGGGAUCCAGGGAAAGUUCUUCUGCUGCUGAUUGGGCUCAAGGAGAUGAUGCCUAUAAUUGGUACGAUCCCAAUGCAUUGGACUCUGACGGUACUCUUGAAGGGAAACGGUGGUCAUCGCAGCCAUAUUCUUCUGCCCAAAUUGCAGAGGCAAAACAUCUUCACAGAACGUCAUCUUAUCCCGAGAAGCAGCAGCAGCAGCAACCGCUUUCACAUUAUUCAAGUGAGCCAAUCUUAGUGCCAAAAUCAUCGCUUACUUCAUAUCCUUUCCCUGGAGGCACAUCUCCACAGGCUUCUCCGAAUCACCAUUCAGGCCAUUCAAAUAAUCCUUACCUUGCUGGUGGGCCCCAAAUGGGAUUAUCUGCAUUGAACCUGCCUCCCUUCUCAAAUUCUCAGCUCCAGUUAACCACCUUACAUCAUGGACCACAUUUUGUGGGUAGCAUGCCACCUGGUCUUUCUGUAAAUAGUCGUCCCCCAAACCAACGAGCCAACCAAAUGAGCUUGUACCCGGGGGAGCUUCCGGGUCGUUUCAAUAGUAUGCUACAGCAGCAACAUCUGCCCCAUCAAAAUGGACUAAUGCCUCCCCAGAUGAUGGUGCAGCCUCAACAGCCACCACAACAUCGUCUGCAGCAUCCAAUGCAGCCCCCCUUCGGUCAUUUACCGGGGCUCCAGUCCCAAUUAUUUAAUCAGCAUCAUCUUGCUUCAUCCCCACCAUUAUUGAACAAGUUUGACGCUAUGCUGGGGUUCCCGGACUUAGCUGACCAAAGGCUGAAAUCGGCUCAAAGAAGUAGUAGACAGAACCCGCGGUUUCCCCACCAGUUCUCUGACUUCAAUGGCCAGAAGAAUGAUAGUGGUUGGCCUCGCUUCAGAUCCAAGUACAUGACAGCUGAUGAAAUAGAGGGCAUCCAAAGGAUGCAACUUGCAGCAACACACAGCAAUGAUCCAUACGUAGAUGAUUAUUACCAUCAAGCUUGUCUUUCCAAGAAGUCUUCCGGGGCAAAGCUGAGACACCAUUUCUGCCCUACCCAUCUUAGGGAUCUCCCUCCCCGGGCCCGUGCCAAUAAUGAGCCACAUGCUUUCCUCCAGGUUGAUGCCCUUGGGAGGAUCUCCUUCUCUUCGAUUCGGAGGCCCAGGCCUCUUCUUGAAGUCGACAACUCUAAUUCAUCGGGCAGUUCAGGCAACAGUGAACCCAAAGUUUCUGAGAAGCCCCUUGAGCAAGAGCCAAUGCUUGCAGCUAGAGUAGCAAUUGAAGAUGGCCUGUGUCUCCUCCUAGAUGUGGAUGACAUCGACCGGUUUCUUCAAUUUAAUCAGGUCCAAGAUGGUGGGGUCCAGUUGAGGAGGAGGAGGCAGGUCCUUCUCGAAGGGCUUGCGGCAUCCCUUCAGCUGGUGGACCCCCUAGGCAAAGAUGGCCACUCGGUUGGCCUGGCCUCAAAGGAUGACCUUGUGUUUCUAAGGAUAGUGUCCUUGCCGAAGGGCAGGAAGCUCCUCGCAAAGUACCUUCAACUUCUCUUUCCUGGGGAUGAACUCAUGAGAGUAGUUUGUAUGGCCAUUUUCCGCCACUUGAGGUUCCUGUUUGGAGGCCUUCCUUCUGACCCAGGAGCAGCAGAGACAACAAACAAUCUCUCUAGGGUUGUCUCUCUUUGUGUCCGAGGAAUGGACAUCGGAGCGCUCAGCGCAUGUCUUGCAGCAGUUGUCUGUUCCAAUGAGCAGCCUCCUCUCCGCCCCCUGGGAAGCUCUGCUGGCGAUGGAGCGUCCCUUGUGCUAAAGUCAGUCCUCGAGAAGGCGACUGAGCUUUUGACCGAUCCUCAUGUUGCUAGCAACUAUACUGCUCCUAAUCGACAACUGUGGCAGGCUUCUUUUAACGAGUUCUUUGGUCUUCUUACCAAGUACUGCGUUAACAAAUAUGACAGCAUAAUGCAGUCAUUGCUUAUUCAGUCGCCUUCUGGUGUGCCUGUUAUCGGGGCUGAUGCUGCCAGAGCAAUUAACCGGGAAAUGCCCGUUGAGCUUUUAAGGGCGAGUCUUCCUCACACAGACGAGCGCCAGAAGAAACUCUUGAUGGAUUUUGCACAGAGGUCGAUGCCCGUAGUCGGGUCAAGUGGCCAUGAAGGGAAUGGGGGCCACAUUAGCUCCGAGUCAGUGUUAAGUUGAUCGUUGGGAGGUUUAGAAGACUGUUGGGGGUCUCGGAAUUACUACAAGACGUGUUCUGGCAUAUAAAGUAACUGUUCGAUGAGCUACCACUUUUUUGUGGUUCGCAAUAGAACAAAGCCGGGAGAGAGAACGUAUUGGAGGCAAUGCGAGGAAUUGUAAGGUUUGGAGUUGGUUUUUUAGUUUUUUAAUUAGGAUUUCUACAUUACGUGAAUCAUGAAAUGCUUUAGCUGUGUAGCACGGCUUGUAUGCAAGUCUCGUAUGUGUAUCUGGCCACAUUGCUGCAGUUACCUUCUUGUUCUCCUGUUUCGGGUUAAGUCGCGUUUAGACAUGGGAGCGUGUUUUGUUGCUCUGGUUCGGAACUUCACUUGAUGCGGCCCCCCCUGCAGUGCCCUUUAGGUUAGGGUUAGAAUGUAACACAGGGUCUGGUCGGGUCAGAAGAGCUCUUCCCAUUCCUGUACUAUUAUAAUCCGAGGAAUUGGUGGGGUUUGGUUUUAUGGUUAGUA